ACUUGUAUCAUCUCAUUUCUUAUUCAGUUGACUUUUCAACACUAUUUGCUCCCAACAACGUGCACGAGCUGAUCGAUCCCAGGCCGCAAGCGAAAAGACUAUCGCCAAAGCGCCUUUCCUGCUCUUGUGGAAACAAGAUCCUCAAUGGCGCUCAGCCCUUGACACUACCUUGACUUCUCUUUCACACAAUGUCCAUACACUAUGAUUAUGAUGCGCACUUGUACGCCUUGACGCCUAUCGAGGGCUCACACAACAACGAGCUCCACAAACCCCUGGCCGCUACGGAAAGCCGCGCACAGUCUCUAUGGUCACACCGAUGGAACCGCAAGGCAAAGGCGCCGGAUCUGUUGAGGAACAGAUACUGUCUAGCAGAAAAGAUCACAAACGGAUCACACAAGCAGCUGAGCUUUCAGGUCCAUACCGCAUACAUAUCGUAUCUUCAGCUUGCGCUACACGAUCCGGCAAAAACCCCCUCAGAUGACAACAAACCGGUCAUAGUCAAGCUGAGUAAGGACUCAUGCAGUGCUUUGGAAUUUCACGAGAUCAGAACAAGCGAUUACGAACACCUUGCUGGCGAACGCCCUGACGAACCCUACAACUGCUUUCACCUGAUGCUUGUCGAGUACAAGCCAGAUCUGGUUUCGUACGAGGGACUGUUCAUUGAAGAUUCUAGAUCAUAUCAAUCUGUCAAGGCUGCUUUGAAGUCCACCACGGUCUGCGCUCUCCUCAUAAAAAGUCGCGACAAGAGUUCUUUCGAGUACAACACUUCGUCUCUGACUGAAAGAUUUUCCGCUGAAAAGAGGACGAAUCCCCUAUCGAGAUGGAUCUACACCCUGAAACGUCAAACUCUACUCAAAGAUCGACCCCCGGUUUUAUUCUCACUACCGAAAACUUCUUUCUUUCACUUGCAAGACUACAUAGGUGUCCUGGGUGUUGGAACUUUGAUAGUGAAAGAAAUUGUUGAGAAGAAGAAGACCGAGUCAAUCGUCUCUCCAGUGGUAUUCCUUCCGCAUCACGAGGCAGGUACACGCAAGUUUAUCGCUCUAUUCAAGGUGCCGCGGCGACGGCAAGAAGACUUUUCCCCAGGAGAGAAGGCCUCCGCAUCUUUCCGCCCUGGAACCAUUGCGCCGUCGGAUGAUGAUGGUAACGACUGCGGAAGCUCGUGCGUAACGGACGAAUCCGACAACGAACAGUCACCUCUUGAAAAUGGCGGGUUAGGCUAUGGCGGGGCCAAGCGAUCACGCCUGCCCUGGGACGUGAGAAUCCUGCGUCCAAUCCCAUCUUCCGGGAUUGGAGUCAGCACCGCAAUUGUUGAACGUCGAAGACACAAAGAUACGGGCAGGUUCAUCGACGACCAGUUGCUCUCUGUCACUCCUUUAGGUGCUGAAUUCCGCACCAGCCCAGCUGCUUUUCGGGCACUGUUGGAAAGCUCCAAGACCUCCUGCAGAGUUGUACCCGACCUCCGGCAUAGUAUCUUUUACUAUGUCUUUCCGGCACUUGAGGUCCUCGAACGCCGGCUCUGUUCCCCCUUCGGACGUUCGCUUGACAAGGCCUUGUCAGAAGCGUUGCUCUCCAACGAUUUUGAGAGUGUACCUAAAUUCAACAUCUACUGGUCAUUGUCAAAUGAUAAGUAUGCCGACGAGCAGUACAUGGACCUCAAUGAGAGCCAAAUGGGUGCCACCCGCCUGGGAUAUGAGGCUCCAGCGGGUUUUGUCAUCUGCCAUGGUGGUCCUGGUACCGGAAAGACACAUUUUGUGAUUCAGGCUGUGAAGCCUUUUCUUCUUGAUGCAGAUGCAGAACAUCGGCUAUUGCUAACGUCAGCCGGCAAUCGUGGGGUCGAUUCCAUGGCCAGGGGGCUCAAUCGACUGCUGCAAGAGCUGAUCAACUCGUGGAAGUCAAGCCCAAAGAGAUACGUCAUCCGCCUCCACAGUAUCAAGACAGAGAUGAGCAUCCUCUUGAGACAUGCGGAAACUCUGAGGGAAAAGGCGCUGGACAAGAAGCAAAAGUCAAGCCUGGCGGCCGGUAAUGACACUGGGAAGUCUGCGGACGGGGCGUCCAAAGGGUCGGACUGGAGUCAUCCUGUUCUUGCACAUUGCCAAAACUUUGCGGCAUGCAAGUUCGAGGGAGUGCAAGAUGAAAGAGUCCAAGACAUAACACUGUCCCUUGGUGAGAAGAUGCUCGAGAAUGCGGGAAUAAAGACGGGCCCAUUGUCUGAUGCUGCCUACCUCUUCACAAGCUUUCGUGGAUCUUACGCGAGGUACAGCAGGGGAGAGAACGUCGAUCCGGAACAAUGGGAUUUGCAGAUCAAAGAGCUGAUGAGAUAUACCAUCGCUCAUGCGACAGCUUUGUGUGCCACUGUCGCUGGCGCAGCUGACGGUUUCGUUGCGAAGAGCUACAGAGAUGCCGAGCUACUGGUUGUGGAUGAGGCUUCAAAGGUGCCCGAGUUCCAAUGGUGGCCACUUCUGGCUUUCUACCCUAAUGCUGCAGGCAAGAUAAUGGUUGGAGAUCCUGAUCAGCUACCGCCACACAUCGAGACGGAUAAGGACAAGAGCGUGUACAACCCCUUUUUGCCGCAGCUACGAACCUCCCUGCAAGGGAGGUUUCAAGCAGCAGGCUUCAAAUGUGCCUUUUUCACCAUGCAGUACCGUGCCGUCCCCCAGAUUGCAGAGAUAUACAACACUGCUUGUUAUGCGUCUCGACUCCGCCAUCAUGACGCUACGUUGUUAGGAGCGCGCCCACUGGCCAUGGAUGUCCAAUUACAUAAUCGUCAACGUUAUGGCAUGGGAAGCAGUGUCAUCUUUCGCGAUGUACCCACAGCGGAAGCCCAGAGACUCGACAGCGGUUCAAAGUUCUGUGCGGCUUACGCCAUGGUCGCAGUCUCGAUCUUGCAGGAUCUCCUUGUUUCAGGUUUCGGCAGUUCUACAAAGCCAUGUCACAUUGCGAUCCUGACUCCAUACAAGGAACAGCAACGAAUCCUGCAGAUAUCGAGGACGCGAAUGGCGGCUGUAUAUCCUGAUGCAGCAAAUGUCACGAUUGAGACGGUCGAUAGCGUUCAAGGCCUUGAGUACGAUAUUGUCAUCGUGGAUCCUGUGGCAGUACGAAAGCCUGGUUUCCUGAACAAGAACCGCUUGAAUGUGCUAUUUUCUCGUGCGAGAUGUGGCCUCUAUGUUGUGGGUAGUGCCGACGAUUGGGCUAGCAUGAGGAGCACUGAUUCCAGUGCGCUCAAGUCGUUCUGUGCUCAAUUAAUGCCCUACCGUUAUCGAGCAAAAAGGGCUGUCUCAUCAAAAUUCUUCGACUCAGAUAUGCUGGCGAAAGAUGUGGAAGACGAGUAGUGUUCCUGGAGCAAAUGGCAGGUCAUGCAGGGGACGUACGGGGCCUUGGAUAUGAACUUCGGCUAUCAACAGUCAAGGCAGGCAUUCUUGGUG